AGCCACAGAGUAUGGGUCUGAAUUUAAUGAUGAAUAGAUGCCCAGAGAUUUAACACUUCUUUAUAUAUGCAUGUUUGCAAAUUCUAAACUUGCUGCGAUAUAUGUGGAGAAAAUCUUGCAGGUCUGUCAGAACUUAUCUUACGCCGUCCAUUUUUCUGAAAUCACACUGUAAAAUGAGGCUGUUUACUGCUCAGUUAGAAAUGAGACCCUUUCAAAGCAAAUGGUAAUUCUGAGAAAAUCCUCAGACAAUGCCAACAGCCACCUCUUAAAGCUAUCUCUAAAGUCUAAACUCGUGUUUUUGGUCUGUUUAGUUUCAUGACAAGAUUGAUCCAAUGCUGGAGUCUCUGGGGCACAUUGCUGACCGAAUGAGGACGCCUCCCUCCAUACCAGCUGAGGUUGAGAAAAUCCGAGAGCACAUCAACGAGAAUAAAAAUAUUGCAAUGGAGCUCGAAAAACUCCAGCCAUCUUUUGAAGCUCUCAAACGUCGUGGUGGGGAACUGAUCAGUCGGUCAUCUGGAGCAGAAGAGGAUCCUGCAGCUAAAUCUAUUCAAGACAAGUUGGAUGAGAUGACAUUUUACUGGGAUGAUAUCAAAGCUCGUGGCGAAGAGAGGGAUAAUAAGCUUCUGGAUGUACUUGACCUUGCUGAGAAGUUCUGGUAUGAUAUGGCUGCCCUACUGACUACCAUUAAGGACACCCAGGAAAUAGUGCGAGACCUGGAGAGUCCUGGUAUUGAUCCGUCAAUCAUUAAACAACAGCAGGAGGCUGCAGAGACAAUUAAAGAGGAGACUGAUGGACUUCACGAGGAACUGGAAUUUGUGCGAAUCUUGGGAGCAGACCUCAUCUUUGCCUGCGGGGAAUUCGAAAAACCUGAAGUGAAAAAGAGUAUAGAUGAGCUUAAUAACACUUGGGAUAACCUGAAUAAAACUUGGAAGGAGCGAAUGGACAAACUAGAAGAUGCCAUGCAAGCUGCUGUCCAAUACCAAGAUGCAUUGCAAGCAAUGUUUGACUGGCUGGAUAACACUGUAAUAAAACUGGGAGAGAUGUCUCCAGUUGGCACAGAUAUCAAUACAGUAAAGCAACAAAUAAAUGAAAUGAAGGAAUUUAAAAUGGAGGUUUACCAGCAACAAAUCGAGAUGGAAAAGCUGAACCACCAGGGGGAGCUCCUACUGAAGAAAGCGUCAGAUGAGACUGAUCGCGACAUCAUUCAACAACCACUCAAGGAACUCCAACAUCUGUGGGAAAAUCUGGGAGAGAAGAUCAUUAACAGACAGCACAGGGUGGAGGGUGCACUCUUGGCACUGGGUCAGUUUCAGCAUGCACUGGCUGAACUUGUGGCAUGGCUGAAUCAUACAGAGGAGCUUCUGGAAGGACAAAAACCAAUCACUGGAGAUCCAAAGGCCAUAGAAAUUGAACUGGCAAAGCACCACGUCCUGAAAAACGAUGUCCUUGCACACAAGUCAACAUUUGACACCGUGAAUAAAGCUGGGAAUGAGCUUCUGGAGUCGAGUGCAGGGGAGGAUGCCAGCAACCUAAAGCAUCGACUCGACACACUAAACAAGAACUGGCAAUCUCUGCUGAGGAAAACCGAGGGGAGAGAGCAGCAACUGGGGGCUGCUUUGCAGCAGGCUGAAGGAUUUCAUGCAGAAAUUGAGGACUUUUUGCAGUGGCUAAGUAGGAUUGAGAAUCAGUUGGCAAUAUCAAAGUCCACUGGAGGUUUACCUGAGACAGCUCGAGAACAACUCAACACACACUUGGACCUCUACAGGGAAUUUUGUGCCAAUGAAGAAACGUACAAGAACGUGCACGAUAAGGGUCGGCUGUUGCAGAGUAGCCGUGACGAUGCUGCUGGAUCCAACGUUGAACAGUGUGUAACAUUACUGGAGCAGAGGUGGCAAUCGAUGAGCACAAAGAUGGAGGAAAGAAAGACCAAGCUGGAAGAGGCACUCACUCUUGCAACAGAAUUUCAGAAUUCGCUACAGGAUUUCAUUAACUGGCUUACACAGGCAGAGCAGGGCCUGAACAUCGCGGCUCCUCCCAGUCUUAUCCUGGAUACAGUUCUUUUCCAGAUAGAUGAACACAAGAUUUUUGCCAAUGAAGUCAAUUCUCAUCGGGAUCCAAUCAUCGACCUGGAUAAAACUGGAAAUCAGCUGAAGUUCCUCAGCCAGAAGCAGGAUGUGGUGCUGAUAAAGAAUCUUCUAUUCAGUGUGCAGUCGCGCUGGGAGAAGGUGGUGCAGCGCUCCGUAGAGAGAGGAAGGGCACUGGAUGAGGCCAGGAAACGGGCAAAGCAGUUCUACGAAGCCUGGAAGAAGUUGAUUGACUGGCUGGAAGAAGCAGAAAACAAUCUGGAUACUGACAUAGAAAUCUCCAAUGACCCAGAUAAAAUCAAACUGCAGCUUACAAAGCACAAGGAUUUUCAAAGAACUCUGGGUGGGAAACAGCCAGUGUAUGAUACCACAGUCCGCAUGGGCCGCUCGAUGAAAGAUAAGGCUUCACAUGCGGAUGACCAUCCAAAAUUGGACAAUCUCCUUGGAGAAGUGCGAGACAAGUGGGACACCGUCUGUGGCAAGUCAGUCGAGAGGCAGCACAAGUUGGAAGAGGCCCUGCUGUUUUCAGGGCAGUUUACUGACGCUCUCCAAGCGUUGGUUGACUGGCUGUACAAGGUUGAGCCGCAGUUGGCUGAGGAUCAACCUGUCCAUGGAGAUCUAGAUCUGGUGAUGAACCUGUUGGAUGCUCACAAGGUUUUCCAAAAGGAACUUGGGAAGCGCACGGGGAGCGUGCAGGUCCUGAAACGGUCGGCCCGUGAACUGAUUGAAAACAGCCACGAUGAUACAACCUGGGUGAAGGCUCAACUGCAGGAGUUGAGCAUACGAUGGGACAUAGUGUGCAAACUCUCCGUCUCUAAACAGACGCGGCUUGAGCAGGCACUUAAACAGGCAGAGGAAUUCCACAAUGCCGUCCAUGGGCUGCUGGAGUGGCUAUCUGAGGCUGAGCAAUCACUUCGAUUCCGAGGAGUUCUACCGGAUGAUGUGGAGGCUCUACAGUCCUUGAUCGAUCUACACAAGGAAUUUAUGAAGAAAGUGGAGGAGAAGCGUGUGGAUGUAAAUAAUGCAGCUGGCAUGGGAGAGGCUAUAUUAGCAGUGUGCCACCCAGACUGUGUCACCACCGUCAAACACUGGAUCACCAUCAUCCGAGCCCGCUUUGAAGAGGUGUUGACGUGGGCAAAGCAACACCAGCAGCGGUUGGCAACCGCACUGUCUGAGCUGGUUACCAAUGCCGAAUUGUUGGAAGAAUUAUUGACAUGGCUACAAUGGGCUGAAACUACACUAAUACAAAGGGAUCAAGAGUCCAUGCCAAAGGACAUUGAACAAGUCAAAACUAGCAUCACAGAGCACCAGUCUUUCAUGGAAGAAAUGACGAGGAAGCAGCCAGAUGUGGAUAAAGUUACAAAAACAUACAAGCGGAAAGCAGCAGAACCUUCACACGUGCGAGGAAGGAAAAAUCUAAAUCAAAUGACUCAUCCUCCUGCACCCACGACUAUGCCAGCACAGACUGAAGCAAAGAAUCCACAGAUCAAUCUGCUCUCUGGCAGAUGGCAGCAGGUCUGGUUACUGGCGUUGGAGAGACAGCGCAAACUACACGACUGUCUGGACCGACUGGAAGAACUGAAAGAAUUUGCCAACUUUGACUUUGAUGUGUGGCGAAAAAAAUACAUGCGAUGGAUGAACCACAAGAAGUCCCGAGUGAUGGACUUCUUCAGGCGCAUCGAUAAGGAUCAGGAUGGAAAGAUCACGCGGCAGGAGUUUAUUGACGGAAUCCUGUCUUCAAAAUUCCCCACCAGUAAACUGGAAAUGACUGCUGUAGCUGACAUCUUUGAUGGAGAUGGAGAUGGUUACAUUGAUUAUUACGAAUUUGUGGCCGCACUUCAUCCGAAUAAAGAUGCCUACCGGCCUGUUACUGACGCAGACAAAAUUGAGGAUGAGGUGACCAGACAGGUGGCACAGUGUAAAUGUGCAAAACGAUUUCAGGUGGAGCAGAUUGGAGAAAACAAGUAUAGAUUCUUCCUUGGAAAUCAGGCUUCCAGCACAUUAGCCUUAUUAGGAUUUGGUGAUUCUCAGCAGUUGCGCCUUGUGCGUAUUCUACGGAGUACGGUAAUGGUUCGUGUUGGAGGAGGAUGGAUGGCCUUGGAUGAAUUCUUAGUGAAAAAUGAUCCCUGCAGAGCGAGAGGGCGAACCAACUUAGAACUGCGAGAGAAAUUUAUCUUACCAGAGGGAGCCUCUUCUGGCAUGGCUCCCUUCAGGCUGAGGGGCCGCAAAUCCAAACCUUCAUCCAGGGCUGCAUCUCCGACACGGUCCAGUUCCAGUGCCAGCCACAGUAACCACAGCUGCACAUCCAUGCCCUCAUCACCAGCAACUCCAGCCAGUGGGAAUAAGACGCCCCAGACCUUCACACGUUGUUAUGACAAACCUUGGUUGACAAACAGUAAAGUCUCUACUCCCACUAAGUGCCUAGACUCACAUGUGCUCCAGAUUCCCAGCAUUGAGGUGACUCCUGUUCAGGGAAGUAAACUCAGACGACCAAGCUACCACUCCAGUAAGGUUUCACUGACUGGGGACAACGGCAACUCACCUGCUGCCUCUAAGUCCGGAAAAACUGAUACCAAAAGGACGACAAGCAGGCCCACAAGUCGGGCUGGGAGUCGCGCUGGUAGCAGGGCAAACAGUCGGCGAGGCAGUGACGCGUCUGAUUUCGACGUUCUGGAGACACAGUCGAUGUGUUCCGAUAUUUCCGAGUCCAGCACGGGGGGAUCCCAAGCAAGCUCGAGAAGGAGCUCGUCAAAACCCUCAAAAAUCCCAACACCCGCAAAGAAAACCACAACCCCAAAAAAUACAAACACCAGAAGAUAAUACAAACGAUGCUGCAGAAUAGAAUACACAUGCGCACACACAGACACACACACAAACACACACACACUUUCAAAAGCCACCAGAUGUAUAAUAUUCUACAAAAAAAAGUACUGUUGUUAAGCAUUGUAAAAGAUUAAGUGUGGUCUAAUGCUGCCUUAUCAUUGUACUUUGUUUUUUUUUUUGUUUUUGUAAGUUAAAAGUUUUUUCAUGUGAAUAUUUAUGUAGAUAAGACAUCCAUGUUUGUUCCCAUGGCGUCUGCGUCAGAGGGAAGUGAGAAUGCUUUUAAAAGAAAAAAAAAAGGAAAUUUAAAUGUGUUCGUGUUCUAUUAAAGAUUUGAACUACUGCUUUUUUUUAAAAACUUGCAUUUAGGAUAUGACCCUUGAACGAGAACUUUGACUUGCUGUGGAGGCAAGACAAAUGCUGCAGUGUUUGUUAGAAAUCAUGGAUACCUCACGGAGUAUUUAAGUGGGAAAAAAAAUGGAGCGAUGUACAGUUUUACUUAUUUUUAAGAAUGUUCAUUUUUUUUGCCUGCUGAAAGUUACACAUAAUAAUUAUGACAAAAAGUGCACAUGCAAGUUGUAAAAGACUAUUGCUAUCUUGUAGGCAGUAUAAAGGACACUUUAAUAGCAGCUGAUGAUCAUUGCGGGCCACACCAGCAGUUGCUAGCAAGGCCUUUCUCACUUUUUUAUGCUGCUUUUUGUUCAUUUGAACUGACCACUGGGGCUACAUGAGCAGCCGUAUUUAUAUUCUAUUGAUAUCUAGUCUGACCAUGUCGCUGUGUGAAUCCACAAUUGAAAUUGUACCAAUGAGUCAAACGUUCAUUUUUUUUUGUAUUCAAAAACAAAUGUGCUUGCAGUAACUUAAAGAAGUAUUAAGUACUG